AACAAAGUGACGAACUUUCGAGAUGUCAAUUAAUUUGGCAGAGGCAAUUGAAAUCCAACGCUAAACAAAAAUCGUGUUUCGGCCUUUCUGGUUUGAAGAUAGACUAGCAUUAUUUCUCUGGGGUUGAUCUUGUCUGGGCUUCUUCCCUGUCCAUAAUGGCGUCCCUCGUCACUGUGUUCUUGCUUUCGCUCUUUGCCUGCUGCCUUGGAAGCUAUUUUACGGAAAGCCGGAAGGAAUUGAGGAAUAAGGAAUUGAGCCAGAAAACUUCCUUACUAUUGGACCACUCAAUUCAUUCCAACCAAAUUGACCCAACACAUGUUCACCAACUCUCUUGGCGACCAAGGGUCUUUCUCUACGAGGGUUUUUUGUCAGAUAAGGAGUGUGACUAUCUUAUUUCUUUGGCACAAACUGUGAAAGAAAAAUCCUCAGAGAAGGAUCAUCAUUUAGAGGGAGAUGCGACAAACAAGAAGCUUACCUCAGAAACUUUGUUGACUAUGGAAGUGAGUGUGAACUUUUGUUUAUUUAGCCUGGAAG